UUUGUAGGCUAGCUCUUCCACAAAACGACGCGGGAUCUGAGGGGAUUUUCCCACCUCGAUCCGCCGCCGGGAUCUUGCUGCGUUGACUGUAUUUUCCUCUGACUGAGGGGUGCGAAAUAAACACACCGAAGACUGGAAGGAGCAACAGCGUCGCGUUUGGAGAUGCUCAUUGCGCACCGACCAACCGACGGAUUACAGCAGGUGAUGGCGAGUGCACACAGCAGACAUAUGAAGAGAUCACCCUGAGGCAUCUUCACGGGUUCAGAUGCAUUAUGGCAUCUGCAUUUUUACCCCGAAUAAUAUAGAAUAUGAUGUGUGCAUUGCGGUCUUGAAGUCGACGAUAAACCAUCACCGGGGCAGCUGACUGGAGGGAAGGCGUGCAGCCAGUGGGGGGAUUUUCGCAGGUGAUCUGGACCUGGACGCAGAUUUGUGGGCAGUGCGUGCACCCCUCCCCCUCCCCCUCCCUCCCCCCUUUUCGCUGUUAGAAAAAGGUCAUUGUUGUCUCAUCGCUCGUUUCUGUCACCGAGCAGUCUGCAACAGCGGAUGGGAAUACCCGGCUUUAUGCUCAUGCUCCGCAGCAGGCAUGGCUUCGCAUAUUCAUUCACCACCACAUUUCGGAAAACACAAAUCCUAAGGCAGGAGGCAAUCGAUGGGAUUAACGCAAGAGGAGAGCCUCUGUCGCGACGGGAUGGCUUGUUCGUGGAGACGUUCAGCGUGGACCGGCUGAUGAAGAUGCGUGUCGGUACCACUCAUGGGAAUUAUUAUUAACAAAAACGUGGUGGGGGUGAAAUAGACACUGUGGGCAAAUACUGUAAAAACACGCGAUAUCGGAGACAACCGACGUGGGGAAAAAAUCAAAGAUCGCCACUCUCCCCUCCAGAGGACCUUGAAGUAUCCGCCACCCAAGAUCCAGAAGACACAGCAGUAGGAUGUGACUCAAAACAUUGGCCUGAACCUCUGGAAAAUAUAACUACCAAACACAUCGGCAGUGCAUGGUAAACAUCUGGUACUGCUGGCACUGCGGCCCUACACUGACCAAGAUGGUAAACUGACCCUAGGUCUGGAUAUAUGUCCACAUCUGGUACUGACCAAGAUGGUAAACUGACCCUAGGUCUGGAUAUAUGUCCUCGGCUUUGAUGUCCUGGUCCAAUGGACCAGAUUGACAAAAAGAAUGGCUCCAGUGAUCCAAAGAGUUUACUCGUGUUGGCAUGGAAUGACUUUUUGAAGGUUUUUAUCUUGACGUAAGUGCCAGGGGACAGCACAUUGCCGAAGACAUUUCUCCCGAGGCGUCUAGACUUCUCAUUGGUCUACACAAUCAAGGGGAGAGGUGGGGACUGUGGAGCUGAUCCGACCGGACCGCCUCUCCCAGUGAAAGGUGUUACCCUUCCACCCGGUUCAAGGGGAUUCUGUGGUUGUUCUACCACCAGGGAGGGACUGGAGUUGAACAGUUGAGUGCCAGCCCCUCCCAGUGAUAGUGAAGUACUACCUACCUACCCCUCUUGGGUCUGUGGUUUUGCACCUCCAUAAGGAAGAGGGGGGAGACGUGGACCAAGACUGUGGAGCUACCCCAGUGAUAAACCCCAGGGCCCGGAUUAUCCAAAAGGGCCAGUGCCAGUGCCCAGGGGCACCAACCAUUUUUGACCAGUGAAGGGGCACCACAAGACACAAACUUAACAAAAUAUUGUUUAUAAAGGGGGCACCAGUGAGGUAUAGUGCCCAGAGCCACCACAUUGGCUUAAUACGGUCCUGUUUAAACCCCUCAACCCCUUGCGGCAGCCCGUCGGCACCUCAGCCAAGCAAUCAUGGCGCGCCCAGGCUCAGGGGUGCUGGUCGGGGGUGGCGUCGGCGUCGGCGUCGGCAGUGGCGUUGGCAGCGUGGGGGGCUACGGGAGCCACCACCAGCAGGGCGUGGCGCGCGUGGUAGUGUGGGAGUGGCUGAACGAGCACGGGCGCUGGCGUCCCUACAGCGCGGCGGCCUGCCACCACAUCGAGAACGUGCUGAAGGAGGACCCGCGGGGCACCGUGCUCCUGGGGCAGGUGGAGCCCCCGCUGGCCCCCUACCUCAUAGACCUGCAGUCCAUGCACCAGUUCAGACAGGAUACCGGCACGAUGCGUCCGGUGCAGCGUAACUUCUACGAGCCGUCGUCGGCGCCGGGUAAAGGUGUGGUGUGGGAGUGGGAGACAGACUCGGGCUCCUGGACGCCCUACGACAUGGAGCUGAGCGUCAGCAUCCAGCACGCCUACGAGAAGCAGCACCCCUGGCUGGACCUGACGUCGCUGGGCUUCCCGUAUCUGCUGGACUUCACAGCCAUGCUGCAGACCAACCGGCAGAGCCAGCGGCGCCGGAGGCUGCGUCGCCGCAUGGACCUGGCCUACCCGCUCAUCGCCGGGGCCAUCCCCAAGUCCCAGUCCUGGCCCGUGGGGGGCGGUGCGCGGGGCGGAGGCGGCGCCGGGGGAGGAGGGCCCACCUGCUCCUGCACCCAGUGCCUAUUGGUCAACAGCACGCGGGCAGCGUCCAAUGCCAUUCUGGCGUCGCAGAGGAGAGGAGGGGGCGGCGGGGCCGGGGCGAAAGGGGCGGCGGUCAGGCAGAGCAAUACGUUCGGAGGGACCACGAACACGGCGAACAACUGGUCAUCGGGGACGAUGGGGAACAAUAUAUCGGUCGGAGGAGGAGGCGGAGGAGGGAAGGGGGAUGGUGGUGGUGGUGGUGGUGGAGGGGGCUUUGGCUGCUCCCAGGCCCUAGUGCCCCAUAACACACACUCACACUCGCACACACACUCGCAUCACGUGCUCACCAUCAACGGGCAGAAUAACCUGAACCGGCCUGGAACACAACAACGCAUCGCCAUGACGACCAACAGAGGAGCCAUCCCACCAGGAGUUCCAGCUCUCCCUGUCAAGAAUCUUACAGGAUCUGGACCCGUCCAUCCAGCAUUGGCAGGUAUGACGGGCAUCCUGAUGUGUGCGGCAGGGCUGCCGGUGUGUCUGACGCGCGCCCCCAAGCCCAUCCUGCACCCCCCGCCCGUCAACAAGAGCGACCUGAAGCCUGUACCUGGCAUCAAUAGCACCCGCCGCAAGACCAAGAAGAAGCACCUCCGGAGAGGUAAAAACCCAGAGGAUGUCGUUCGGAGAUACACAGAGAAGAUCAAAACUGGUCCUGAUGAGGACUGCACCAUCUGCAUGGAGCGACUGGUGACGUCGUCGGGCUACGAGGGCCUGCUGAGUCACCGGGGCAUCAAGCCAGAGCUGGUGGGCAAGCUCGGCAAGUGCGGACACAUGUACCAUCUGCUGUGCCUGGUGGCCAUGUACAACAACGGCAACAAGGACGGCAGCCUUCAGUGCCCGACGUGCAAGGCCAUCUACGGGGAGAAGACGGGCACGCAGCCCCCUGGAAAGAUGGAGUACCACGUCAUCCCACACUCGCUACCCGGACACACCGAGGUCAAGACCAUACGCAUCGUUUACGACAUCCCCGCCGGCAUACAGACUCCAGAGCAUCCUAACCCUGGUAAGAAGUUCAGUGCUAGAGGGUUCCCACGCCACUGCUAUCUACCAGACAACGACAAGGGAAGGAAGGUGCUGAAGCUUCUGAUCAUGGCGUGGGACCGGCGUCUCAUCUUCACCAUCGGCACCUCCAGCACCACGGGCGAGGUGGACACGGUGGUCUGGAACGAGGUCCACCACAAGACCGAGUUCGGCUCCAACCUGACGGGACACGGCUACCCGGACGCCAACUACCUUGACAACGUGCUGGCCGAGCUCUCCGCGCAGGGCGUCUCCGACGACAACCUGAAGGAGUAAUGACCAGGGCCGGCGCUACGCUACGCUAGGCAUAAGCAGAGCAAGCAGAGCAGCUUAUACAUGGGUUCUCAGUGUUUAUCAACACGAUGUUAUGAGGAGGGGCAAGACACUGGCAGCCAACCACGUGAGCUCAUUUUUGGACCGACAGCAAUCAGAGGUUGAGUUGUGCGCAGCUAGGUUCGCGCAGUCAGGUUAUAAACAAAAUUUAGAACACAUGCAUGGGGCCUCAACCACUUUGCCCCCAAAAAAAUAAAAUAAAAUUGGGGCCUCCUAAAUUGAGAUUGACUGAUUAGCCUAUUAGCCUAUUAUUAUUAUAAUUAUGUAAUUAUAAUGGGGGGCCUCCUGUCCAGUUAUGCUUUGGGCCUCCAAAACCUUAGCAGCGGCCCUGGGAGUGAAGAAGGAGAAGGAGAAGAGGGAGAGGGAAAGGAUGAAAGGAGAAGAAGAAUCGGGAGGAAGAAGAAGAAAUGGCCUGAAGGAGUGUAGAAGGAGAAAGAGAGGAGGAGCAGAAGAAAGAAAGGGAGGAUGAAGAAGAAUGGCCUACCAAACAAACAAACAAACAAACAAACAGACAAACAGACGGACGAUGAAAACAAAUAUUUUCUGCGAGGGGAUACAUUAUAUUCCAUUACUCCAUAUUUAACCUUAACCAGACAUGAAUAUGUGUGUACCGAACUGUGCUCUGUAGUACUGUACGUUACAUGUGCUUUGUCAAAUCAGACAAUGAUGUACUUUACUCAUGUGGUCUAUCAAACAGUACCGCCCUCUACUGGAUUGGAGGGGAGUUUGUUGAACUGUUUCAGAGAAGGUGAAACGGAGACGAGAGACAACGCUUUUACCUUUAACCCUGCGGUUUUGCGGUUUGGGUUGCUGAGUCCUACAAACACAGACACACACACACACACACACACACACACACACACACACACACACACACACACACACACACACACACACACACACACACACACACACACACACACACACACACACACACACAGGUGCACAUACAGUAAAUAAUUGUUUGAGGAAUAUAAAUAGUUGAGGGGAACGCUCUGGUGAGGCAUGUGUUUGAAGAUGUCUCCUCAUUUUUUUGGCAAGCCUCGGUUUGACCUGUUGGCCAGCCACUCCACUUACAGUAAGCCUGUUCUUGAUUGGCCGCCAUGAUAAAGGCAGCCUAUGACCUUGCAGUAAGCCUGUUCUUGAUUGGCCGCUAUGAUAAAGGCAGCCUACGACCUUGCAGUAAGCCUGUUCUUGAUCGAGCACCGUGAUUAAGACAGCCUUUGACCUGGCCAACUGCUAAGUGUUGUUUUUAAAGAAUGUUUAGAAGAUGUGGAGAUGUUGUUAUUGAAUAAAAGAGGUGAUUCAGCUUCGCAGUGACACAACGCAGCUGCCUUGAUGUUUUGCUGAAGUAAAGAUUAGGAAGAUAAGAUGGUUGAUGAACCAACGUGUUCCAACGCUUUUUGAUGUCAUGUGUUGUGUGCAGUUCGGGCUGCAUCAGUGGCCUUUGGUGAUUUUGACUGAUUUUCUUAAAUUAAUUGAAUUUUUGAAGGAUUUUAGGCGUGUUUAAGUGUGUGUGCUUGGAAUGCCAACACAGACGUACACAGGCUCCCAUAGGCUUUAGUUCUGGAAGAGAGAGAUGUAUAGGUGUUGUGUGUUUCACUGGGUUUUAGGGGAAAAGGUUUUUUUUCAAGCGAAGAGAAAGUCGUACUGCUAGUCAGGACCCUGUUUCUCAAAAGUGCUGUUUGCUACCCAGUUAGCAACUUAGCAGGUUGCCAAUUGGACAUUGCAUUGAUACCUUAGUUAGCAACAACGCUUUUGCGAAAUGCACCCCAGGUGUGUUGUUUAAGGUUUUGCUGCAGAGUUUAAAGAUGUCGAUUGUCUCCGUCUCUUUUCUACUCCACUUCCUGCUCGCUUCAUUCUCAUUGGUCGAUGUGUUCUUUUUAGAGAGCGGAAAUGACCAGGAAGGCUUUUAUUGUAGGGCGAAGCUUUAAUGUGGAUUUUUUUUUAUCAGCAAGGCAAUCAUACCUUGAUGCGUUCUAUACAGAUAUGUAAGAAGAUGAAUCGAAUAUUGUAGUUUAUGCAGCAAUAUGUUCUUUCUCUUUCUCUCUCUCUCUCUCUCUCUCUCUCUCUCUCUCUCUCUCUCUCUCUCUCUCUCUCUCUCUCUCUCUCUCUCUCUCUCUCUCUCUCUCCCUGUGUUUCUGUUUCUCUCUUUCUCUCUGAAAUUUUGUGCACUAAGCAAAGUGCUUUUUUAAGAAAAGAAAGAAAAUAGAAGGGAAACAUGCUACCAGUUGGCAAAGCAACAGUACAAGAUAUUACAACUUUUCACACGCUCGUACGCAUGCACGCACACACACACCCACACACACACACACACACACACACACACGCACACACACACACCCACACACACACACACACACACACACACACGCGCGUGUGCACACGCACACACAAACAGAAAGAGUUUGACAUACCCAAAGACUUAGCAAUAGCGGUUUCCAUUUACAAAUCUGAAUUGAGCUGGUCCUGUACAUACAGUACGUACCUGUAGUUGGUGAAGUGUGAGUUUCAUGAUCUGGGCCCUGGUAUAAAUAGAUCAAGCAAUAUUUGCACUGUUCCCAAAGCUGUUGUGAGGCAAGUGGUGAAAGAUGUUAGCUUUUGCGCAAGUCCCACUUUUGUAGCAUUUCACAUUAACAUAAAGUGUAAUCCAGCAAACACAAUCUUUUUUUUCUAACGGUCAGGAUCAUAUUAUAGGCCUACCUGAAGACACACACAGUUUUACACAUAUAUAAACGCUUCACAUCCAAUUGAACCCCACCUGUUCCAAACCCAGAGACAACAGUUUGUGAGAGCGGCCAUCUUGUCGGGCUGUUAGAACCUUCAGACCCUGCAAGUGGUAGAAACUUGCUAUUCCGGUUUUCUCUUUCUUUCUUUCUUUCUUUCUUUCUUUCUUUCUUUCUUUCUUUCUUUCUUUCUUUCUUUCUUUCUUUCUUUCUUUCUUUCUCUACAACAUCUCUCUCUCUCUCUCUCUCUCUCUCUCUCUCUCUCUCUCUCUCUCUCUCUCCCUGUCUCACUUUCUUUCCCUACUAUCUAUCUAUCUAUCUAUCUAUCUAUCUAUCUAUCUAUCUAUCUAUCUAUCUAUCUAUCUAUCUAUCCAAAGUGCAGCAGUGCAGUGCAAUGCAGUGAAGGACUCCUCCAUAGAGGUACAGUAGGGAGAGAGUUUCACUGGGCUGGAGCUGUAGUGGCACAUUAAUCACCCAG